AGGGCCACGUGACUACUCGCGCGCUGUCUGGGCAAAUCUCCGUCCGCAGAGGCGCCACGGGAGAAGCACUCGGAGAUCUUUGACUCCCCUGAUAUGCCAAAACUUUUUACAGAAAUACCGAAUACGUCUGUAUGAAGUUUAGGUGCGGAUCAAACAGUAACUAAAGUUCUAAGUAAAAUAUGUGCGGAAGAACUGCCUGUACACUGGCCCCUGAUGAGAUAAGCCGAGCAUGCACGUACAGGAACAGAGGAGGACACCGGAGACAGCCUCGCUGGAAGGAUGGAGAUGCUGACAAAUAUCGCCCGUCCUACAACAAGAGUCCUCAGUCCAACAGUCCUGUGCUCCUGUCCCAAAGACAUUUCGAUAAGAGUGCUCCAUUCGACGAGUGUGUGUUGGCUUCAAUGCGAUGGGGCCUCAUACCAAAUUGGUUCAGAGAAAGUGACCCAAACAAAAUGCAGUACAGCACCAACAACUGCCGCAGUGAGAGUAUAUUAGAGAAGAAAACGUAUAAGGAUCCUCUGUUAAAGGGACAGCGCUGUGUCAUACUUGCUGAUGGAUUUUAUGAGUGGAAGCGUCAAGCAAAAGAGAAGCAGCCUUUUUUCAUCUACUUUCCUCAAAAUCCAGGGGUUGGAGUAAAGCAAGAAACUGAGGAUGAAAGUGAGAGUUCAGCCUCAAAUGACUCAGAACAAUCAAAGGAGACAAUGACAGAUCAAGUUAAGGACUCAGAAACAAAGGCUGAAUGGACAGGCUGGCGGUUACUCACUAUGGCUGGUCUUUUUGACUGCUGGACACCCCCAGGAGGUGGUGAACCCCUUUACACCUACACAGUGGUCACAGUGAAUGCUUCAUCCAAUCUAGAAGGCAUUCAUGACAGAAUGCCAGCUAUCCUUGAUGGUGAGGAAGAAGUCAGAAAGUGGCUUGAUUUUGGAGAGAUAAAAUCUUUGGAUGCACUUAAACUUCUACAAUCUAAAAAUAUUUUGACUUAUCACCCUGUUUCCUCACUAGUCAAUAAUUCCCGCAAUAACACAGCUGAAUGCCUUCAACCAGUGUGUCUUGAAACCAAAAAGGAGCCUGAGCCGACAGCUAGCAGCAAGAUGAUGAUGAGUUGGCUGAAGAGUGGAGCUACACAAAAAAGAAAAGAUGUAGUUGAAACGGGAAAGGAACAAAUGAAAGACAAAUCAAAUACUGAGGCCAAGAGUGCAGGGCUACUUGAUCAAUGGCUUCACGGGACAAGCAAGAAACCAAAAAUACAGUAAAAUGCAGUUCAGUUUGUAAAUUGUAUUAUUCUUUUGGGACUAUUUGCAUGUUUGCAUAUUACUUUGUAAAUAAAUAAAAACACAAUAAACAUC